AGUCGCCCACAGCCUCACCCAGCAGAGCAGGGAGGUUUUGCUCCCUGCACAUCCCUGUCAUCCACUCCCUCAUGGUUAAGUCACAUCGUGUCAGAAGUCUUGAGUUCCAGCCUGCAGAAGUGAAGCUCAGAUAAGUGCUGUGGAGCUGAAGGCAGCGUUUCUCUGGGAGUUCUGAAGGUUCAGGUCCUGGGGCAGGGCCGGGCUCUGAGCACUCAGUGGACUCUGUAGGUGGCCUGGAUGUUUGAGUGUCCCCUAGGUCUCCCGGGCCCAGGAGUUGCCCCCGACCCUGCUGUUCCCGUGCCUUUCCAGGGUGAAGCGACCUUGCCCAAGUCUUCAGACCCCUGAGCUGUCAAGGCUCAUGAGACACGGGAACAGCCAACACCGGCCUCUGAGCCCUGUUCAUCCCAGGUUCCCUCAGGCCCCCGGGGGCACGGCCGUACAUUCUUCCUCUGCCACCACUUUGCUCCUGGGGUCGGGGGUGCCACUGAGAGCCUGGCCUUCUCCAGUGCUGGUUCAUGUGGACAGAUCACUCAGUACAAGGUUAGGCGUAAGGGUGGAGGGAGGGGCAGACCUUCCAACCCUGCAGGGCCUGGGCUGUGUCCCACGGCAGGGCCCGCAGUGGGAACCAGGGUCGCGGUGGGCCCUGUCUGGCCCCUGGCACCGGCGUGCUCAUGCUCUCCGGGGUUCUCCUGGGCCUUGGGUAGCCAGGGCCCCUCCCUCUCAGGGCGCUGGGGAGGAGAACGAGACUCGCCCACCCCAGCUACAGGACGGACGAGGACGGCCCCUUCUCCAAAGGAGCCCUUCAGCGCAGACUUCUCCCUCUCCGCAACCUGGUUGAGGACCAAGAAGGGAAAAGAGUCUUUUUCUUCUUGCUAAAAGGUGUAUGUGUGUAGCUCAGCAGUCCCAGGAUAAUUUUAAACUCAGAAGCUGGCCAAAAAAAUGCCACUGGGUUUCUUUUUCUUCCCCCUGGCUGGCUCGGCAGGGAGGCACGCCGAGGCGCCGAAGCCCCCGCCCCUCAAGGUGGCCCCGGCUGAAUGGGGGGCUUGUGUGAGGGCCGCUGGGGCGGGAACUGGCAUGCGGCCCACCGCCCGCCCCGCCCGCCCCGCCGAGCUCGAGGCUGGCCGGGCCGCCGCCAGCGCCGCUCAGAGCGUGAGUGCAGCGAUGGCCGGAGCCCCCGCCCUGGCCCUGCUCCUGCUCGGGCCGCUCCUGGCCGCCACCGUAACCGUGACCGAGGCGCAGAAAAUGGGGCUUCGAGGCCCUCCCGGGCCCCAAGGGCCACCUGGGAAGCCGGGGAAGGACGGCAUUGACGGAGAAGUUGGUCCUCCGGGUCUGCCUGGGCCCUCGGGACUGAAAGGGGCCCCAGGCAAGCCUGGGAAACCAGGAGAGUCCGGGCUCCCGGGGCUUCCUGGUGUGGACGGUCUGACUGGGCAGGAUGGACCUCCUGGACCCAAGGGCGCCCCUGGAGAACGGGGAAGUCUGGGACCCCCAGGGCCACCUGGGCUGGGGGGCAAAGGCCUCCCUGGACCCCCCGGAGAGGCAGGAGUGAGCGGCCCCCCCGGUGGAAUUGGCCUCCGGGGCGCUCCGGGACCCUCUGGACUCCCAGGCCUCCCUGGUCCCCCGGGACCUCCUGGACCCCCUGGUCACCCAGGGGUCCUCCCCGAAGGCGCUACUGACCUUCAGUGCCCAGCCGUCUGCCCACCAGGCCCCCCAGGGCCCCCAGGAAUGCCCGGGUUCAAGGGACCCACUGGCUACAAAGGGGAGCAAGGAGAAGUCGGCAAGGAUGGCGAGAAGGGUGACCCUGGGCCUCCUGGGCCCCCUGGCAUCCCGGGCACCGUGGGGCUGCAGGGUCUGCGGGGGCUGCAGGGACUUCCAGGGCCGCUGGGACCCCCCGGGGACCGGGGUCCCAUUGGGCUCCGAGGGCCCCCCGGGAUCCCAGGAGCCCCUGGGAAAGUGGGUGACAGAGGCGAGAGGGGCCCAGAGGGGUUCCGCGGCCCCAAGGGCGACCUUGGCAGACCUGGUCCUAAAGGUGUCCCAGGCAUGUCUGGGCCAGGCGGAGAGCCGGGCAUGCCGGGCAAGGACGGCCGGGACGGCAUGCCAGGACUCGACGGCGAGAAGGGAGAAGCUGGGCGCAAUGGUGCCCCAGGCGAGAAGGGUCCCAGUGGGCUGCCGGGUCUCCCUGGACGAGCAGGGUCCAAGGGUGAGAAAGGAGAACUGGGCAGAGCUGGAGAGCUGGGUGAGGCUGGCCCUACAGGAGAGCCUGGUGUCCCUGGAGACGUCGGCGUGCCCGGGGAGCGUGGCGAGGCUGGCCACAGGGGCUCAGCGGGGGCUCUGGGCCCACAAGGCCCUCCGGGCGCCCCUGGAGUCCGAGGUUUCCAGGGCCGGAAAGGCAGCAUGGGAGACCUCGGCCUGCCAGGCCCUCAAGGCCUGCGAGGCGACGUGGGCGACCGGGGCCCUGGAGGAGCCGCAGGCCCUAAGGGAGACCAGGGCAUUGCGGGCUCGGACGGUCUUCCUGGGGAGAAAGGAGAGCCGGGUCCCAGUGGCCCUGUUGGACCCAAAGGAGAGUCUGGCAGUCGAGGGGAGCCGGGCCCCAAAGGCAUCCAAGGUCCCAACGGCACCAGCGGCACAGAAGGUGUCCCAGGCCCUCCCGGCCCCGUGGGCUUCCAGGGCGUUCGAGGCGUGCCUGGCAUCACGGGGAAACCGGGCGUCCCGGGGAAAGUAGCCAGUGAGCAGCACAUCCGGGAGCUGUGCGCGGGCGUCGUCAGCGAGCAAAUUGCACAGCUGGCUGCUCACCUGAGGAAGCCCUUAGCACCGGGCUCCAUCGGUCGGCCUGGUCCCGCUGGUCCCCCUGGCCCCCCCGGCCCUCCUGGCUCCAUUGGUCACCCUGGUGCUCGAGGGCCCCCUGGAUAUCGGGGUCCCACCGGAGAGCUGGGAGACCCCGGCCCCAGAGGAAGCCCAGGGGACAGAGGAGACAAAGGCUCGGCUGGCGAGGGCCUGGACGGGCCCGACGGAGAGCAAGGGCUCCGAGGACCACAAGGCGUGCCUGGCAUCAGCAAGGACGGCCGGGACGGGGCCCCCGGCGAGCCUGGCCUCCCCGGCGAUCCCGGGCUCCCCGGAGCUGUUGGUGCUCAGGGGACCCCCGGAAUAUGCGACACCUCUGCCUGCCAAGGAGCCGUUAUGGCAGGGGGCGUGGAGAAAUCCGGUCCCCGGAGUUCCUGAGACACAGCUUAAGGACGAGAGUGAGAAAGUGAUGUCAGCUGAAGCAGCGAGCUCUGGACGGGUGCCACGGGGGUCCUCUCUGGGGUUAAGGAGCAGGCGACGCAAGGCCCUGCCGCCCAGCCAGGCCUUCCCGCUGCUCCUCCACAUCCUUGGUGGCUGCCACCAGACACCUGGUCCCCGAGAGCACCCCCAUUGAGCCGUGGUCGAGAGUGUUCUGACUACGUGUGUCCACGACGGUCCAUUCGGCUGUAACAUCGUACCUCAGACACAGGCCUGUGUAAUAAAUCAUCAGCCCAGAGUUUGAGAGGAACGCAGUGUGUACACACAGGAAGUUCUGUACAAUUCCACGAGAGAAAAAUAUCCAACUUGUUUACGAGCAUUUGUGUAAAGACUAAGAUAUAAUCCCAGUAAAUCGAUGUAUGAGGUUUUCAGAUUAAGACUGGCCACAGUAUUAUAAAAAAUAAAGAAUUUAAUGUCUGACGCCCUUCCAUACAAA